CUGCCCGGAGGCUGUGCCCCCGUGUGUUCGUCCCCCGGGCCAUUCCCACCCCAGGGUGCCCUGGGGACCCUCCCCGAGGAGCAGUCAUUUUGCACAGGCCCCAUGACCACUCAGGGAGCCUGUCUUGGCCUGGUCCUAGAAAUGAUCAUCAACGGGAAGGCUGGGGGCCCAGAGGGCUUCCUAGAGAAGGAGGUGGCCAAGCUGAGUUGGUGGGGGGCUCUCUGCCUGUAGGUCCCCUACCAGGAGUUCCCCAGAGUUUUCCCAAACCCUCGUUGCAAACCUCAGGGGGCAUAGGGAGGUUCAGACGGGGAGACUGGGUCACCGCUGAGCUGCUGACAGCUUCAAGCCCCCAGGGCAUCCCCAGGCAACGGUCAGGCUCCGGGGAGGGGAGCAGGGGUAGCGUGGGCCUCCGGUGGGAGUGCGUGUGUCAGAGCACGGGCUGGGCGCACACAGACCCCCUUCUUAGCCCCCUGAGGCAGGCGAAGCCCUGCUUAGUUCUCAAGGGCACGUUAUCAACUGGAAACAGGAAGCAGCCGGCCGGUGCCUAAGCACCACCACCCCCCGCGGGAGGGCAGGCCCCUCUCCUCUGCCUCUGGGGCCCUGGGCCCCCUUCCUUGUUGGCAGCCCAACAAUCCCUAGGAGUCAGAGCCAGCCCCUCAGCUGGUCCUGGCCGCGGCCACGGAUGGGGCACAAGGGAUGGGUCUGAGGGAGGGUCCCGACAUCCUCUGCCUCCUCCUCCGGCCGUGGCUCUGCCCUUCGCCCAGCUCUCCAGGCUCACCACCACCACCACUACCGGGGAGUCCUCCUGGGUUCCUGUGUGCUCGAGCCCAAGCCAUCACCGUCGGCACUGUCUCUGCUGCUUCAGUCCUCCAGCAGUGGGAGCUCGUGGUAAAAUUCAGGCGACUCCAAAUCCCAGUGAGGCCCCCCAAAAGCCCAUCUGCCACCCUCUCCUUCCAUAACGCCCCUUCAGAGCCACCAGUCUCUUGCUGUCCUCAGACCAGCCAAACCUGUUCUUACCCCAGGGCCUUUGCACAUGCUACUUCCACUACCUAGUAAGCUCUUCUCUGACCUGUAUGGCCGGCAACUCCUCCCUUCCCUCGGUUCUCCUCCCAGAUGUCCCCUCCUCCAAGAAGACUCCCUGACCACCUCUCCCUGUCACAUAACUAUAUUCGUUUUCUUUAUACCACACGUCACUGAUUAAAAUCACCUGCCACCCGCCUUCCCCCAGCGACAUGAAUUCUCUGUGGGCAGGAAGCGUACCCACUCCACCCACCGUGGGUGUCCCCCGGGGCCAGAACAGACCAAGUGCAUGGUGGCAGCUCAGUAAAUGUGUCACAUGCUUGAAACUGUGCUCCGGCACCCCAAGGGGAGUCUCCCUGUGACAGGAACGUGCCUCCUGGAAGUGAAGACACAGUCCGCGUCCACCUCAUCCCAGGAGACCGUUGUCACAGUUUGGCCGAGAGGCUUCCGCUAAGGCAGGGGCAAGAGGACAGAAGGAAGGUGGCUUCGCCUCUGCAGCGGAGACUUGACAGAUGCGGUCGUCACAGCUUCGCGGGGAGCCCCGUGUCCUGCCGCCGUGACCUGCACGCAAGUGCUCACGGACCGGCUUCCUCCCUCAGGUCCUGGCAGGGGGGCAGCUUGGGGACAUCUCAUCACCCACACUGUUCGCUGGCCCACCCCCGGCUCCUGGGGAACGGGGACAGUAUCCUCAGCACCAGGUGGCCUAAAGCCAAUCCUGCUGACAGGGAGUUAAAUCUCUCCCCCUAGCAACUCCCGAAAAAAAUCAAGCAGUUGGUUAGCGAAGCACCGGGUCCAGAUGGACGAAGCGUCUGGGCGACUGAGCUUGCCGCCGGCCCGCAGAGCGUCUCUUCCGGUCUCUCCCCUGCAGCCCUCUUCCCACCGGCAGGGGACCCCGGAGCCAGCCCCGUGGCAGGCGGGGAGGCUGGAGAGCAGGCCCCGGAGCGCCAUCCCUGGACCUCAGGCUGCAGGAUGCUGGCGGGCGAGCCCGGUUGCUAGGAGACCGCGCCCCGGUUUCCCCUUAAUAUCGAUGAUGAUCGUAACGACACCGAUAACCGUUGACAUUUUUGAGCACUUUGCGCCAGGCGCCAAGAAUCCUCCGGGCAGAGGAGGUGAACGUGCCUUUGCUUGCACACCCGCGUGCCCGUGGGUCCCUGUGUCCACCUGUGUCCAAGCCCCAUGUGUUUCUGUGUGUGCUCGUGUGUACAUGGAUCAGUAUGCGUGUGAGCCCCCGCUUCCUCCGUGCCUGGCGCCCCACGUUCGUCUCAGCCAGGAUGCCAACGAGGCGCUGGGCCCCAGGCACCCAAUGCAUCACCAAGUGUGAGCACACGCGCCCCAAGCCGGGAGAGCUGGCCUUCCACAAGGGCGACGUGGUCACCAUCCUGGAGGCCUGUGAGAGCAAGAGCUGGUACCGUGCCAAGCACCACGCCAGCGGGCAGGAGGGUCUGCUGGCGGCGGGGGCGCUGCGGGAGCGGGAGGCCCUGUCGGCCGACCCCAAGCUCAGCCUCAUGCCGUGGUUCCACGGGAAGAUCUCGGGCCAGGAGGCCGUGCAGCAGCUGCAGCCGCCGGAGGACGGGCUGUUCCUGGUGCGAGAGUCCGCGCGGCAUCCGGGCGACUACGUGCUGUGCGUGAGCUUCGGCCGCGACGUCAUCCACUACCGGGUGCUGCAUCGCGACGGCCACCUGACCAUCGACGAAGCCGUCUGCUUCUGCAACCUCAUGGACAUGGUGGAGCAUUACAGCAAGGACAAGGGGGCCAUCUGCACGAAGCUAGUGAAACCCAAGAGGAAGCAGGGCACCAAGUCGGCAGAGGAGGAGCUGGCCAAAGCCGGCUGGUUACUGAACCUACAGCAUUUGACGCUGGGUGCGCGGAUCGGAGAGGGUGAGUUUGGAGCGGUCCUGCAGGGUGAGUACCUGGGACAGAAGGUGGCCGUGAAGAACGUCAAGUGCGAUGUGACGGCCCAGGCCUUCCUGGACGAGACGGCGGUCAUGACGAAGAUCCAGCACAAGAACCUGGUGCGUCUGCUGGGCGUGAUCCUGCACCAGGGACUCUACAUCGUCAUGGAGCACGUGAGCAAGGGCAACCUGGUGAACUUUCUACGGACGCGAGGCCGGGCCCUCGUGAGCACGCCCCAGCUACUGCAGUUUUCCUUGCACGUGGCUGAGGGCAUGGAGUACCUGGAGAGCAAGAAGCUGGUGCACCGAGACCUUGCCGCCCGCAACAUCCUCAUUUCGGAGGACCUGGUGGCCAAGGUCAGUGACUUUGGCCUGGCCAAAGCCGAGCGGAAGGGGCUGGACUCAAGCCGGCUGCCGGUCAAAUGGACGGCGCCCGAGGCUCUCAAACACGGGAAGUUCUCCAGCAAGUCGGAUGUCUGGAGUUUCGGGGUGCUUCUUUGGGAGGUUUUCUCAUACGGCCGGGCUCCAUACCCCAAGAUGUCGCUGAAGGAGGUGUCAGAGGCCGUGGAGAAGGGGUACCGCAUGGAGCCCCCCGAGGGCUGCCCGGGCCCCAUUCAUGCCCUCAUGGGCAGCUGCUGGGAGGCUGAGCCUGCCCGCCGGCCGCCCUUCCGGAAACUGGCAGAGAAGCUGGCCCGGGAGCUGCGCAGCGCGGGGGCCUCGGCCCCGGUGGGGGGCCAGGACACGGACAGUUCCUCCUCGCCCCGAGGCCAGGAGCCCUGACCCUGCCCCGUGGGGCCUCGGGCCCCAGAGGACAGAGUGGAGGGUGCGGGGUCGGGGGAACGGGCCAGGCCCGAGAAGGGUCAGGGCCAGCGAGCUGCUCGUGUGGCUCAGGUGGGGGGCUCUGGGCAGCCCGUGGACACCAGGGACCCGGGGAGGCGAGGGAUUAGCGCCUCCAUAAAGACUGGUUCCAAGGA